AUGACAAAAAUCGUGGACUUGAUGAAGUCCAUUAUUGGCAUCUUCAACGAGCAUGCUGGAGAAGACAAGAUGCUCGACAAGGAAGAAUUGAAAGCAAUGAUGGCCCACGACGUGUUCUCAUCCCAGGAGAAGCUCGAAGAGCUUGUGAACGAGCUUGACAAGAAUCAUGAUGAUAAGAUCAGCUUUGAUGAGUUCAUCAAAUCGAUGGCUUACAUUUGCGCUCUUGUCAAGAUCGACGGCGAGGAUGCUGCUGACUUUAACGGUGGCCACGAUCCGACUUGGAGGGGAUGGAUGAAUCCAAAUACUCUCAGAUAG